AAGAAAACGGUAUCGAACCGAAUUAAUUUUUACAUUAUCGGAUAAUGUCCAUCCAUGAUUAUCCAUCUCAAUAUUCAACUCAGAUUCUCAAUAUCCACAUUUAGAAAUUAAUUACAAUUUUUCACCAUUAGAUUCAACACUUUAUGCCGAAAUGAUUCUAAGAAGAAUGUUUCGCACCUUGUUUGUCAGUGAACAGCUGAGGGCAAGCCAGACUACAUUUCCUUUUCUGAAUAAGCCGCUGAACCGAUUAUUUGGUGGAUUUGAGAUUGGGAAAGCGUUCCCCGCGCCAGGGCUUUUGGCUCGAAAUCGUGUUCACAACCUCAUCGAAAUCACUCAUGGACCAUUUGCAUCUGCGGCGUCUUCCACUCGCGCUUUCCACGCUGUUUCCCGACAGCCAGCCGUCGCAACAUCCCGUGAGCUCUUGCAACAACCAUCGGGCCUCAUCGUACCCGCCCGAUCCCGAUCGACGAAAGGCAAAGUCAGAGUGGAAUACAAGUAUACGCCGCUGCGCUGUCUCCGCCUUGGCUCCUACGAAGCACGAAUGGCGACUCCAUCGGGAAGGCGCAUUCUUAUGAACAGAAUUCUGAAAGGCUACAAGUACUUGGCCAUGUCUCCUCCUCGGUGAACUGAAGAGUUCAAGAAUUUUGCAGUCCUUAUUUACCCUUUGCGUGCGCUCUACCCAUCACUUGACGCUUAAGAAAUCGGUAAAGUUUUUCGGAUACAUUUUUGUGGUUCGUCAGUCGUAGCCAUCUCGUAUGGUACGUUGUUUAGUGUGCGCGCUCUGUAGAUAAAUUGUGUCGAUGUGGCUUAAAUUUGGAUAAAAAACCUUGAAGUUUACAACGUCACGCAAUGGCUUUUCUUUUGCGAUCGGACUUUGUAGAAUCAGA